UAUUCACCGAGUCUUACUCCGCCGAAAACGACUCAUCUCACUCACUUUUCGUUGUACUUCACUCCGUCUCUCUCUUCUUCUUCACUGGACAAAAAAUGUAUCCCCGUACCAUUUAUUUCUACUAGUACUCUCUUCUUCUUCUUCUUCUUCUUCUUCUUCAUUUCUCUUCUACUCUCUGUGUACUACUAAUCAAUCAAUCAUGGCGACCUCAAUCCGCAGCCGAGGAGGCGGAGGAGGAGGAAGAAUUACACCCUACAAAUCACUACUCUUCGUCUCCGCCAUUGCCAUUUCAUUCUUCUUCUUCGCUUUCUUCGUUUUUACAUCUGAUGAUGUUGAUGAUUCUACUCCAGAUCUCAAUACGGGUUUUGGAUCGACUAGAAGAUCCGUACUGGCAAUGAAAUCAGAUCCGUUAAAGCAAAGAUUGGAUCAGAUAAAAAAACAAGCUGAAGAUCAUAAAUCACUUGUUCUAGCUUACGCUUCUUAUGCAAGGAGAUCAAAACUUGAGAGUUCUAAACUAGUUAGGGUUUUCGCUGAUCUUGCUCGGAAUUAUACAGAUCUUAUUACUAAUUAUAGAUCGCUUUCUGAAUCUGAUUCGGUUUCCAUGGAUGAAUCUGUUCUUCGUCAAUUCGAAAAAGAUGUGAAACUGAGAAUUAAAGAUACUAGACAAGUCAUUGCUGAUGCCAAAGAGUCUUUUGAUAGAGAGCUUAAGAUUCAGAAAUUGAAGGAUACGAUUUUCGCUGUUAAUGAACAAUUAACUAAGGUGAAGAAACAAGGGGCUUUUUCCAGUUUGAUUGCUGCUAAAUCGAUACCCAAGAAUCUACAUUGUCUUACUAUGAAACUGAUGGAAGAACUGAUUGCGAAUCCGGAGAAGUAUGCAGAUGAGGAUAAGUCUCCGGAAUUAGAAGACCCGAGUUUGUACCACUAUGCAAUUUUCUCUGAUAAUGUCAUUGCAGCAUCAGUUGUUGUUAAUUCAGCAGUGAAGAAUUCGAAGGAGCCUUUUAAACAUGUUUUCCAUGUUGUUACUGAUAAAAUGAAUCUCGGUGCAAUGAAAGUUAUGUUUAAAAUGAGGCAGUACAAUGGAGCUCAUUUUGAGGUUAAAGCACUAGAAGAUUAUACGUUUUUGAACUCUUCGUAUGUUCCUGUAUUGAAGCAACUUGAAUCUGCAAAUUUACAGAAGUUUUACUUUGAGAAUAAGCUUGAGAAUGCCACAAAAGAUACAUCAAAUAUGAAGUUUAGAAACCCCAAGUAUUUGUCAAUGUUGAAUCAUGUGAGGUUUUACUUGCCAGAAAUGUAUCCAAAGUUGCAUAGAAUUCUCUUCUUGGAUGAUGAUAUUGUUGUUCAGAGGGAUUUAACCGGGUUGUGGGAUAUAGAUAUGGAUGGUAAAGUGAACGGUGCAGUAGAGACAUGUUUCGGGUCGUUUCAUCGUUAUGCGCAGUAUAUGAAUUUCUCUCAUCCUCUGAUUAAGGAAAAUUUUAGUCCAAAGGCUUGUGCAUGGGCUUAUGGGAUGAAUUUCUUUGACCUUGAUGCUUGGAGGAAGGAGAAGUGUACUGAACAGUACCAUUACUGGCAGACCCUGAAUGAAAAUCGAACCUUGUGGAAAUUGGGAACUUUACCUCCUGGCUUAAUCACAUUUUACUCCACAACGAAGCCGCUGGACAAAACUUGGCAUGUCCUUGGGCUUGGUUAUAAUCCAAGCAUAAGCAUGGACGAGAUUCGAAACGCUGCUGUUGUUCACUUCAAUGGAAACAUGAAACCAUGGCUAGAUAUUGCAAUCCCACAGUUCCGGCCACUUUGGACAAAGUAUGUCGACUACGAAAUGGAAUUUGUCCAACAAUGCAAUUUUGGUCUUUAGAGUAGGGGUAAUUGUUUAUAAGUUGAAGCCUCUAUUUUGACAACCCGAAAAGCAUGAGCGUGGCCAGAGCCUUCAGAGCCGUUUUAUAGACUAAGCCAGCUAGGCUAUUUUCCUAGAGCCUUGUUGGGGGCCAAAAGAUUGAUUUUCUUUUUUAAUAGUUUGUUUGUUCUUCUUCAUUAGAUAGCUAGUGCUCCUACGUAGAAGCCUACCACUGUUUUUGUUGAUAGUCUAUCUACCUGUUAUUGAAAGCCGUUUGUUUUGUAAGCAUUCCCGUUCCAGCUAGCCAUUACUUUACAUAUGUAUACCUUUAUGUAAUAAGAACAUUAAAAUUCACUGCAUUAGGUAAUUUCUUUUCAAACUAAUUUGAAUAUAUCCUCCUCUCCA